AUGUCUUUUCGAUUUUCUGGGGGAUCCAGGGUCUGUUCUCGAGCUGGGUCCGUCAGGCUGUCCAGGGGCGGGGCAGGUUUUGUGGCCGGGAAUGUGUGUGUUGUGCCUGGAGCGGAGAGCAGCUUUUCCUGCACCCUUGGAGGCAUCUCUUCUGGAGGAAGCUUUGGCAGUGAGGGGUCAGGUAGGGGAAAUAGCGUCAGCUUCCUUAACAAUGAGCCAGGACUCUUCUCUGGGAAUGAGAAGGUGGCCAUGCAGAACCUCAAUGACCGCCUGGCAUUGUACCUGAAUCACGUGAGUGCCCUGGAGGAGGCCAACACUGACCUGGAGAAGAAGAUUGAGGGCUGGUAUGAGAGGUGUGGGCCUGGCCGUGGCCGAAGACUUGACCACGACUGCAGCCGCUAUUUCUCAGUCAUUGAGGAUUUGAAACGACAGAUCCUGUCUAUGACCACCUGCAAUGCCAACCUCGUCCUUCAAAAUGACAAUGCCAGACUCACAGCUGAUGACUUCAAGAUGAAGUAUGAAAAUGAGCUGGCUCUGCACCAGAGUGUUGAGGCUGACACCAACGGUCUUCGCAGAGUGUUGGACGAGCUGACGCUGUCUACGACCGACCUGGAUAUACAGCGCGAGGCUCUGAGUGAGGAGCUGACGUACCUCCAAAAGAACCACGAGGAGGAAAUGGGAGUUCUGCAAAAUGCAUCAGGGGGGAACAUCAAUGUGGAGAUGAACGCUGCCCCCGGCGUGGAUCUAACCGCCAUGUUGAACAACAUGAGGGCCGAAUAUGAAGAUUUAGCUGAGCAGAACCGGAAAGAUGCAGAGGCCAGCUUUAAAGAGAAGAGUGCAUCGCUGCAGCAGCAGAUUUCAGAUGACGCAGGAGCGGCCACGGCGGCCAGAAACGAGCUGAUGGAACUGAAACGCAAUCUGCAGACUCUGGAGAUAGAACUUCAAUCCAUCACAGCCAUGAAACAAUCCUACGAAAACUCAUUGGCUGAGACCGAAGGGAAUUACUAUGCUCAGCUCCAGAGAAUUCAGGAGCAGAUUGGAGCGAGGGAGGAGCAGCUGCAGCAGAUCCGAACGGAGACUGAAGGCCAGAAGCUGGAGCACGAGCAGCUGCUCGGCAUCAAAACCUACCUGGAGAAGGAGAUUGACACAUACUGCAGCUUACUAGAUGGAGAGCACCAAAGAAGUGAACACACAAGUUACAAACCAAAGGACGGCAAGCCUGCAAACGAAUUCAAUGAGAGUCCUGACUCUUCAGAAGAAGCAUUUGUCAGAACAGUGGCUGAAGAGCUAGAUCAGCUCGGCAACGUCCUUUCACUGAGAGUGCACUCCGUAGAAGAGAAAUCCUCUAAGAUCAGCAAUAUCACCAUGGAGCAGCGGGUGCCUUCCAAAGCCCCAUGA